CGGGGCGGAGGGGGGGGUCGAGGAGGACGUUGCUUCAAUCAAAAGUCAGGGAGCAGUAGGCGGAACGAAUGUUCCGAAGACCGUGACUGGACGUCAGGUUGGCGGUGACGCGCGUGCGCGCCCCCGUCCGGAGUUGCCAAAAGAAAGGAGAUUUGGCGAUGGAGGCUUUGUUGGAAGGAAUACAGAAUCGGGGGCAUGAUGGGGGAUUUUUGACAUCCUGUGAAGCAGAACUGCAGGAGCUCAUGAAACAGAUUGACAUAAUGGUAGCUCAUAAAAAAUCUGAAUGGGAAGGACAGACACACGCUCUAGAAACUUGCUUGGACAUCCGUGAACGGGAACUUAAGGCUCUCAGGAGUCAGUUGGAUUUGAAACACAAAGAGAUUGGAAUGUUGCGUCAGCAGGUAGAAAACCAUGAAAAGGUCAAGCAAGAGAUGGCCAUGGAGUAUAAGCAGGAGUUAAAGAAACUACAUGAAGAAUUAGGCAGACUGAAGAGAAGCUAUGAAAAGCUCCAGAAAAAACAUGUAAGAGACUUCAGAGGAAAUGCCAAAAAUCACAGGGAAGAUCGGUCUGAAAUUGAGAGGUUAACUGGAAAAAUAGAGGAAUUUCGUCAGAAAUCACUGGACUGGGAGAAGCAGCGCUUGAUUUAUCAGCAACAGGUGUCUUCUCUGGAGGCACAAAGAAAGGCUCUAGCUGAACAAUCAGAGAUAAUUCAGGCUCAGCUUGCCAAUCGGAAACAAAAAUUAGAGUCUGUGGAACUUUCCAGCCAGUCAGAAAUUCAGCACCUGAGCAGUAAGCUGGAGCGGGCCAAUGAUACUAUCUGUGCCAAUGAGUUGGAAAUAGAGCGCCUCACCAUGAGAGUCAAUGACUUGGUUGGAACCAAUAUGACUAUUAUGCAAGAGCAGCGGCAGAAAGAAGAAAAAUUGAGGGAAUCUGAAAAACUACUAGAGGUUCUUCAAGAAGAAAAGAGAGGAUUGAAGGCAGCUCUUCAGACUCAAGAAAAUUUUAUCCAUGAUGCAAGAAUACAAAAGGAGAAGCUGCAAGCAAAAUUAAAGUCAGCUGAUACUCAACACACAGUAGAGACCAUAAGAUCACUGGAGGAACCUCUGGCAGAAAGGAGGUAUGCUUCUCAAGGGCAGGGGGACUUGCAGAACGUGCUCUGCCAACUGGAUUUUACCCACACUAGUGAAGAGCUUCUGCAGGCAGAGGUGACGCGUCUGGAAGGCAGCUUAGAAUCUGUGAGUGCAACAUGUAAACAGCUGAGCCAAGAGCUAAUGGAAAAAUAUGGAGAGCUGAAGAAGAUGGAAGUGCACAACAAUGAGUACAGGGCUGAGAUCAAGAAGUUGAAAGAACAGAUUUUACAGGCUGAACAGAGUUAUAGUUCUGUACUAGAAGGAAUGAAGAUGGAGAUAUCCCAGCUAACUCGAGAGUUACAUCAGCGAGACAUCACUAUUGCUUCCACCAAAAGUUCUUCCUCUGACAUGGAAAAGCGACUCAGAGCAGAGAUACAAAAGGCAGAAGAAAAAGCAGUCGAGCAUAAGGAGAUGUUGGGUCAGCUGGAAUCACUGAAGUUAGAAAAUCGUCAUCUUUCUGAAAUGGUGAUGAAAUUGGAAUUGGGUUUACAUGAGGCAAAAGAGAUUUCACUAGCAGACCUCCAGGAAAAUUAUAUUGAGGCAUUAAAUAAAUUAGUAUCUGAAAAUCAACAACUACAAAAAGAUUUGAUGGAUACCAAAGGUCAGCUGGAGAUUUCUACUCAGAUAUGCAAAAAAAACCGGGACAGGAUCUUUAAACCAACACACAGCAGAGUACCUGAGUUCAAGAAUACAGAGUUCAAUUCAGCCCAUGGCCAGCACAGGCAUGAUGGGAUGAAGGCUGAGCCCUACAAAGCAGGUCUUCAUUCUCCGCAAGGACAAGCGUCGGAUAGCAUAGAGCCUGUGUCCCUGUCCCGGGGCUUCAGCCCCCCGAGCCAUCAGAUCAGCUCUUGCUGCUCCACUGUCUCCCUGCCAUCUAACUUUCUGUGCAAAACUAACUCUCUGCCUUCAGUGCUAGAUACAAAUGAAGCCAACUUUUCUGACACUAUCUCUGAGAGUAUAAAUGACCCAGAAGACUUUACAUCUUCGUGUCCCUUGCCUCUGUCUCCUCUUGGUUCAAUAGCCACAAGAUUUUUGGAAGAGGAAGAGCUGAGGUCUCAUCACAUUCUAGAGCGCCUAGAUGCCCACAUCGAAGAACUAAAGCGAGAAAGUGAAAAGACAGUGAAACAAUUCACAGUCCUAAAGUAGCCUCUUAAAAAUCACAAACUUGGAAAUAAAAAUAAACUCUGAAGAGUUACUGUCAUCAUGAAGUAGCAGCUCUUUGAAAACCUGAACAUAUGACUAUAUAGAAGCCAUAAAAAUGAAAUGUACUAAAGCUGCCGUGAGGAAUCUGAGAAGCUGAUACUUAGCUCUAAGGUGUUUUCUCUGCACUGUCUUGUUUAAAGGACUUUUUCCAGCAAUAACAUGUAAAUAAACCACUUUGCUAGACUUUUUUCUCACAUUAAUAUUUAUUAUCAUAAAGUAGUACUUUCUCUUGCUGACUUAAAUGUAAUAGCUGUAGACUAAUUAAAGAUUUUAUGAUACAUGUUGGAAAUAAAGUAACUGUAGGAACUUCCUUUGGGAGCAGUGUCUGUAGUGGAAGCAUGGAUCGCAGAGUGAUCCAGAUUUUGCUGGGUUUUGUACUGGUUUUGCUUCUCAUUAGUCAGUUGGGCUGGUACUGUGUGAGGCUAGGCAGAAUUAUGUGAAGGGGCUAGAGAAGUUUGACAGGAAGCCUCUCCUAUUCAAAAGACAGAUGUGGGAAAGAGAUGGGUGCAGGGCCUGGGACUGGGCUAGCGUGGGAACCUGGGGACACUCAGUAGAAAUCUCGGCAUCUGCAUUUCUGAGGAGAGGUUUGAAGGGAAGACAAAGAUGUCAAGGUGCAGAGGCAUUUGAAGCUGUGGAGAUCUGGAGGAGGAGGGCAAGGAGAGAGAAGAGCAGAACCUGGGGCCCGGAGGACACCAGCACAUGAGCAUCGUGUGGUUAGAUCCAGCAGAGGAGCUGGAAUGUGCAACCAGAGACCAGAAGGCGAGGUGGAGGGCUCUUUCACCCAAGAUGGGGCUCCUAUGAUCCAGCCCUCUCUGUGGAUCUUUCCUAUCAGCAAGCAAACAUCCUGUUGUUUCUCCUUUCUUUAAAGCAAAACAAAACCUCAGUUCCACAUCCUCCCUACUGCUCCACACACUUGUCCUCUUCACACAAAUGUCUCUGGCGAGAAUUGUCUGCAGUGACUGUUGCCACUGUCUUCUUUUUUUUUUUUUUAAUUUAUUUUUA